UUACAGUUCACACCACCAUAACUAGAACACCGUCAGCAGUCGUGAUAGAAAAUGGAGAUGUCUGAGUAUAUUUACGGCAAUGUGGACAUCAUUUUAGACGAAAAUCGCAAUAGAAGAGCAGAAAGUGAAAAUGAUCAUAUCUAUGAUGACCCCCACAUGUCCCAAGACUCAGGAGGAAACAUUUGGGAAGAAGUGCCCUCUAUGGGCAGACCAGGAGUUGACUCCUCAGGUAUGGAUAUCUCAGGUAGGAGAUCUUCCAGACAAGCCACAGUGUGUUGGGUGUUGUUGUGUGUUCUCCUACUGGCUGGGAUCAUAGGUUUGGUUUUCUACCAUAUUACACUAAAGACCAGCUACACCAACCUGAUUAAGGAAAGAGACCAGCUAGAGACCAGCUACAACAAUUUGACUAAAGAAAGAAACCAAAUUAAGAGAGAAAGAGAUGAACUCCAGAAAAUCUUUUCUGCUUUCAAACAAGCUGGGACAGCAGGUUGGACACCGUUUCAGUCUAGUUGGUAUUACAUCUCCUCUGAGGUAAAGUCCUGGGAACACAGCAGACAGGACUGUAUGAACAGAGGUGCAGACCUGGUGAUCAUUAACAACAUAAGAGAGCAGACAUUUCUUACCAAGUUGAAGAAAAGUCUCUGGAUUGGACUAACGGACAAAGACAUAGAGGGAACCUGGAAAUGGGUGGAUGGUACCCCACUGACCACAGCCUACUGGAUGACUAAACAACCUGAUAAUUUUAAAGAGGAAGAACAUUGUGGCGAGAUCCACAAUAAUAAUAAUGUACUGAACUGGAACGACAUGUUGUGUGCUACCAAACUAAACUGGAUCUGUGAGCAGGAAACGUAACUUUUGUUGCAUGUAUUGUUUGGCAGACUUGGUCAGAGGACUUAUUUUGGUUGAAUAUAUAAUAAUCUUGCUUAAGAGCCUUCAGUCCAGUCAGAGUAUUAGAAUAUAGACCAGGUAGGUGUUUGUGUCAUGUCAUUUAGAAUAGCAUUUAUGAUGUUGAAUACAGGACUGCAACAUUGGUGUUGAUGUUCUUGCUGUCAUGGUAACCACGUUCACUUUCUAUUCAUCGGAUCUAUACAGCUUAUCACCUAGGUGUACUCCCUAUAGCAGUUUUUAGCACUGUGACAAUUGCUGAUAUAAAAAGGGCUUUAUAAAUACAUUUGAUUGUUUGAUAUAGAAGACAGAUAUGCAAAGAUUAUUGGUUGAAAUGUAUACAAGACCGAUUUAAGGAAAUGCUGCCACAAUCACACUUACAAACACGAUAGCGGAAAUGGUAGCAAUGAAUGAAGGUUCUGUUGCACACACACUCAGAUGUUGCAUGCAUAAAGGUUUGUGGAUUGCCCCUGUAGGUGUGAUGAUCGAGACGUUAGGGGAUAACCACAUACAUAAAUGUAAACCUGUCCAUGCUUUUACCUUUAUGUGUCUUUCAUUUUGAACUUUACGAAUGGUUGUUCCUUUAAGAAACAUUGAUGAAAGUAGUAUCUGCAUGGACAUGGCUGAAGAUAAUUGUAUAAAAUAUUUUUUUUACACUACUCCAGCCUCGGGCCUCGAUCUGCCUGUUCACUCAC